AUGAAGUUCCUCGCACUCCUCCUCUCUUCCCUGCUCGCCCUCGUGGCGAUGCUGCCACUCUCCGCCCACGCUGCUCAGCGUGGCCUGGCAUGGGGCACUAACGACAACUGGGGUCCCGCCGUGGCCAAGGGCCUCAUCAAGUGGUACUGGCACUGGCAGGAUGGUCCAAACUCGCGCUUCAACGGCAUCCUCGAGUUCGUGCCUUGCUACUGGGGUCCCAAGUACAACUCGCAGUGGGCCCAGCGCAAGAACGAGAUGAACGCCAACCCUCCCAAAGCGCUCCUUGGCUUCAACGAGCCCGACAUCAGCGGCCAGUCCAACCUGGACCCGCAGACCGCUGCCAACCUGUGGAUGCAGGAGAUCCAGCCGUGGAAGAAGCGCGGCGUCCGUCUCGGAAGCCCGCAGAUCGUGUGGAACCAGGACUGGCUCGCCUCGUUCAUGAGCGCCUGCAAGAGCAAGGGUUGCACUGUUGGCCGUCGAUCGGCAUCAACAGCGCAAUCAAGCUUGAGCUUCAACAAGCCAGACACGGUUGUCGAAGAGUUAUGCUUCUUUUUGAUCGAACUUGGAUCAGAUGCUGACGCUUUGAGCUUUUGUCUAUUGACAACAGACUUUAUCGCCAUCCACUGGUACGGCUCGUGGGCGGACCUCGCUGGUCUGCAGAGGUACGUGACGUCGGUGCGCAACCGCUUCGGCCUUCCCAUCUGGAUCACCGAGUACGGCGUCACCUCUGCGUCCGGCGGAAGCCAGCAGCAGAUCAAGCAGUUCCACAUCGACGCCACCAACUGGCUCAACUCUCAGUCGUACGUGGAGCGCACCUCCAACUUCGGCAGCUUCCCCUACUCGAGCCCUCCGGACGCGUACGGCUCGCGCCUCAACGCGCUCUUCAACGGCGACGGCAGCCUGCGCGACCUCGCCUACUGGUACAUCUGGACCGGAAACUCGGCUCGCCGCAGCCUCCGCUCCGAAACCUCGACGGCGGAGGACGACUUUGAGCACACCUCGGAGGAGAUCCCCAUCCAGGACAAGCCUGCUAGCUUCAACCACUAA